AAUGGAGAUUAUUCUAAAAAAGCCUGCCUCUGAAAGAUCGGAGCAGAACAUAAGAGAUCUGAGAGAAUACUUCAAAGAGAACAAGUUUUUCAAGGAACAAGAGAAGGAAAAUGGAGAAGCCUGGUCAGAAAUGAUCUUGAAGGCUAUAAAAUACCAGAAAAUUAAUAAAGGCAAAUAUGUCAUGAGGUUCGGAGAUUUUGGAACAACUUAUUAUAUUAUUGUCAAAGGCAAGGUAGAAAUCAGAGUACCGAAUGUGGUAAAUAUGGAGUUCACAUUCAAAGAGUUGAUGAUAUAUAUCCAUAAAAAUCAUGAGUUCAUAAUAAAAUAAUGAGAAGAGCAAUAAAUUAUUAGAGAUCAUUUACGUUUACUUCCCUGAGUGAUUUAAGAAGAGCAAAUAAGUAUGCAUUUAUUCCUUCGGUAGCAGAGAAUAUUCUAUAUGGAGAUUUUGAUAAAAAGGCUCUUCAGAAGCAUAACGGAGUUUUCCCAUCGUUUAAAGAGAAGGACGAUGAAGGAAAAUGGGUUGAAAUUUCUAAACCAUUCACUUUCAACUUCUUAAAUCCUAUUACUACAGCUAGCAAUGGGGCUGCGUUCGGAGAGCUGGCACUUUUAAAUGACAAACCAAGGAGUGCAACUAUCAUUACUCUUGAGGAUACUCAUUUCGCAAUCCUUGAGAAGGUUGAUUUUAAGAGAGUUAUGGAGAAAUCAUUAAAGAAUAAAUUUGCAGCAAAGGUGAAUUUCCUAAAUAAUUUUCCAUUUAUCCAAAAUCUUACUAAAAUCGCAAAGGAAAAGCUUUCCCUCCUAAUGAAGAGGGUGGAAUGAAAAUCAGGCCAAAGGCUUACAACAGAAGGAGAAGAUCUGAAGUAUAUCUACCUUAUCGAAGAAGGUGAGUUUGAAGUCCAAAAGACAGUAUACUUCAAUAAGAAAGUUGACAUAGUUGAUGGCUUUUUCCUCAGAGUAUUCUCUACUACCAAGCUACAUGCCUUGAAAUAAGCUACUUGGAAGGAACAGGAUUGCGUAUACUGAGGAAUUAAGGGACAAAUAUAAGUUUGUGAGUGAAUCAAAAGUCAUGAAAAAGAAAACCUUUAGGCUUUCCAUUAUUGGCAAAGAAGAGUGUGCAGGAAUUAUGGAAAUUAAAUUUAACUGCCCUUUUGCCUUUACAACAGUUGAAUGUCACUCGAGAGUUGGAUCUGUCCAGAAGAUUGAUAGGAGUGAGUUCUUGAAAAGAAUCAAACUUAACUCAAGUCCAAUGAUUAAGACCGUGAAGACAAAAUUUAAUUUCUAUGUGCAAAGAUUACUAGCCCUCUUCAGAACUCACCACAUCAGUAUACCCCAGAGUUAUGAAAUGAUUGCAUCUGAAGCAGGUGAAGAUAUAGAUGAGUCAGAUAAAUCAAGCGAUAACGGUAAAGAAGAGAAGAAAGCUUCAAUUCCUGAUGAAAAUAAUAAAGAACAAGAUGAAGAAGACAUUGAUUCAGAUGAAGAAGUUAAGCCAAGUAAGGCUAAGAAGAAAUUGAACAGAGCUGUUGAUAAGAUCUUCGUGAAGAAAAAGCUAGGCCAACUCAAAAUGAACAAGAAGAACAAGAAAUUUAGCCUUGUUGCAGGAUAUACUUUAGAUCAAAAUGAUUACAAACCAUUUAAAUCUUCUACUAAGAGUGUCCUUGAGGAAGUUACUAUCGGGGAUGAAGAUAUCAGAAGAAUGACAAUUAUAAGAAGAUCUAGUCGAAACAUUAAUCUAAGAAAGACAAGUUCAAUCCAAGGGAGAAAUGCUGAAGAAGAAGAUAAGGAAUCUAUUCCAGAAAUUAUGCGUAAUAACUGACUUUCUCCUCAGGCACCACAGAGGUUCAGAUCUCCUCAGCCAGGGAAUCCUUCUAUGUGAAGGGUGAAAGUAAUUAAGGUUCCAAGUAGAAAGGAAACCAUAGGCUCUGUGAGUUCAUUAAAUUCAGAAGAUGCUGAUAGAAGGGUCUGUAAGAGUACUGUAAAGAAAAGACCAUAUAAAACCAGUGGGUUUGUAAAGGCUAAGAGUAAUAAUUUAUUAAAACCAACUGUGCUACCUUUAGCUAGCCAGAGAAAUCAAAGAAAAGAUCUAAAAUUCCAGAAUUUGGAUAAGUGUUUAGAAGGUAUAGAAAGCAAAAUGGUGUUCAGCCCUCAGAUAAAUACAUGGAAGUCUUCUAAAGUAACAAGGAUGAAACCUCUAAAGAAGCCAUAUCGCCUUAAGACCCAAGCAGAGUCUAAGAAGCCAAAUAGUAUUUUAAAUGUGAUAAAUUUUGAUCCCGGGAAAGAGAGAGUCUCACGAAAUCCUGGUUUACCUCUCAAAUCAAAAACUUCUUUCCCAAGGAUCAACCAGUUGAGGAAGUUCAGGCCAAGGCUUCAGUCAACUGUGGAUGAGAGCCAAGAUCAUCUUGAUACCAGUUCUCUUCAGGAUAUCGCAGAUAGUAUUCCCAAUGAUAUUCAAAUUCCAUUCUUUAAGAGUCAGUAUUCUAUUGGGCAGAAGUGAAUCCCGUAUAAAAAGCAAGGCAAGAUGACUUUUCUGAGAGAGAGCUACCACAAAACUUCCAGGUACUAGUAUAAAUCCUUGCUCUUGGCAAGAUAAAAUUUGAGGGAAAUAAUUCAGAGAUAUUUC